UACAGUAAACAAGUCAGCACCAAGCCAGCAUUUAUUAAAUCUUGCUAAAUUUGAAGACAAACUUAUUAAUAAAUAACGAAAUAAAAAUGGCAGUUGAUGGACAAAAAUUCAUGACAAAAACCCAACAUUAUCGCAAAGUUACGAAACCUUUGUUAGAACGAAAACGCAGAGCCCGCAUGAAUCUCUAUUUGGAGGAACUUAAGGAAUUAAUAGUGGAUACCAUGGAGCAGCAGGGUGAACAUGUUAAUAAAUUGGAAAAAGCUGAUAUACUCGAAAUGACAGUUAGUUAUUUGAGAAAUCAAAAAGGAGUCGGAGCCAAUGAAACUGCAAAAAAUGACUUAACAAAACGUCCCUUAAAUGUGGAAAAAUUCCGUGAGGGCUAUACCCAGGCAGCUUAUGAGGUAUCCAAAGUAUUCUCUACAGUACCAGGAUUAAAUGUAGACUUUGGCACUAGACUCAUGAAACAUUUGGGUUAUCAACUUAAGGAUUUAAAACAACAAUUGUUUGCAACUAACAAUAACAAACAACAACAAGAACCCUUAAUUAUGAAAGAUCAAGAAAAUGAUAAUCAUUUGGAUAUAAAAGGUGAAGAUGUUUGGCGUCCUUGGUAAAAGGUCUUCUACUCAAAAACUUUACAUGAGCUUUAAUUCUUAAGAC